UCGUGUGGCUAGUUUCGAUUUGCUCAAGAAGAACCUCGCAGACUUCCCGGAACUACAAACAAAGUGGUCUACGUGGAUUGUACAAGACUUUCGGGUAACAGUUUCACUCCUGUUUGUGUUAAUAGUGAAGGGAUGGCCACCGCGCCACAGACUUCACUGCAAAUGAGAUCGACUGAUCUCAUCAAAAAAGAACCCCUUGCUUACGGAGGAUUUGGAGAAGUUUACUUGUGUUACCAUGUAACCCUCGGACAGGUGGUGUUGAAGACUAUGUAUACGGGUUCCCUUCGCAAUGAGGAGAGUAAAAGGUCGCUGCUGGAAGAGGGGAAUAUCAUGGCAAGCCUGAACCAUGAGCGGGUGGUGAAGCUGCUGGGUGUGAUCAUGGAGGAUAAAGACUGCUCACUAGUAAUGGAGCUCAUUCCCAGAGGAAACUUGUUUGUCAUGCUCGAAAUGGUUUCUGUACCAAUAUCAAUAAAGGGCAGGAUCAUUUUAGAGAUCUUGGAAGCGAUGGUGUACCUCACAGAGAGACACGUUGUACACAAGGACAUCAAGCCGGAAAAUAUCUUAGUGGAUAAGGAUUUUCACAUCAAGAUUGCAGACCUGGGCCUGGCCACCUGCCAGACAUGGAGCAAACUCACAAGAGAAGAGUCUCGAAGGAAGAGUCGAAUGGGUCUGUCAGCCGGAGCGAGAGGGGCUGGCACACUCAGCUAUAUGGCCCCUGAGCACCUGGAGAGUAUACACACACCCUCCACUGAGAAGUCUGAUGUUUACAGCUUUGCUAUUGUGGUGUGGGUCAUCCUCACAGGGGAAGAACCAUAUGCAAAUGCCAGGAGUGAAGACCAAAUGAGCCAGUGUGUCCGAAAGGGUGACAGACCGACAGACGACCUUUUACCAGAGGACACACCUGUAGAGAUUAUUGAGCUAAUGAAGAGGUGCUGGGACCACAAUCCAAUGCUACGCCCAACAUUUCAAGAGGCCUACAACCUGUUCUUACCUUUCUACACGGAAAAGCUUGAACCACGCGUAGAAGAAGAUCUACUUCAGUUAAGGAAAUCAUAUGAAGGCCCAGAGGACCUUGUCGAGAAGAUGAAGUCUUUAUCGAUGACCUAUGAGUGUUUGUCAGCAGAUAGCCCAGCUCCUUUGGUGAGUUCAGACAGAGGUGCAUCUGUGCCAGUCGAAGCCAGUAUUGAGGACCUGCAUGGACACCACUAUGAGCCAUGUGACGUGUCUGUGCAGGCGGAUGCAAAAGCAUCCUGCAACCCUUCAGCUCUGGAAGAGAAACUGGAUCGGGAGCUUCAGUACCACAUGCGUGGUAGCUAUAACUGUGAGAACCAGCCUGAAGCUGGAAACUGCCUCCGACAAAACAGCUCAAACCCUUUCCUGCAAAACAACCACAGCUCUACUGAUCACGCCAUAAUGCAACCGGAACAAGACAAAGCCUCUUGUGCAUCCUCGGUCCAUUCUUGGACCAAAGCUGAGCCGGUUCAACCCACAAGCCAGGAAGAGGCCUGGUAUCCCCCAACUGCUGGUCUCUAUGACUCCAUGAAUUCUUCACACAUGCCAACUUCUGUCAGCACCCCCUGUCUACCACAGUUUAACCAGCAACACCCAAACUCCCACUAUGACCGCCAGCAGUCCUGGCCAGUUUACCCAGUGUCUGACACCUCCGCACCUGACAUGAGUCCUGGGCGUCUUCUGGCACCAUCCAAGGGCAACUCGCUACAAGAUCAAGGACCUCUUUUCAUCCAGAAUGCCAGCGGGAUCCAGAUUGGGAGCAACAACACGAUGAGUAUCAGAGGUUACGACUCCACCAACAGUUUGCUGUCUCAAUCUGGCUCAGCUAACUCUCGAAUCAAAGAGGGCCUUCUGAUAUAUGAGGACCACGCUGUGACCGAGGAGCACCUGGAUCUGCUGCGGGAAAACAUCGGGAACAAAUGGAAGCGCUGUGCACGGCGUCUGGGUCUGACCACCGUAGAAGUAGAGACAAUUGAGCACGACUGUUACCGCGACGGCCUGCCAGAGAUGGUGCACCAAAUGCUGGAUCGUUGGAAAAUGAAGGAGGGAAGCAUCGGCUGCACGAUUGGGAAGCUUUGUCGAGCUCUGGAGGGCAACAUAAAGGUAGAUAUCAUCCAGAAAAUAUUGGACACCUGCGGACUUCAUUCUUAAGUUCAUAAACUUCGGCAGAACUGCGUCAUUCCCUCUACAUGACUUUCUGUACGCGAUGGAAACAUUUUCACUCAGCCUUGACCAAAAAGAAGAAAUCGCUUUGGACUUUGUUAGCUAAGGGAUUAAAGCAAGCAAAGAAUGUCGUACGAGUUGGUCAGAGCUAGAGCACGACUUAUGUAAUGUUUGACCCAGAUUGUUGUCCACACUGGAAUGGCAGAUAUCUAUUAGAGACAGCACUCUUCUGAUUCCCUGUGGAAAGUCAUAGCACAGCAAAGGUCCGUUAUUUUAGUCGUCCUAGUCCCUAAAAUUAAAACCUGUUUUAAGUCUCAUUUCAGUCUGGCUCUGGUGAAAGCUUUUGAAAACUCAGCAGCUUAACUGAGCUGUAUCUUUGCAGAAUGAAAAUCGUGGUUACUCAUGUUAAUCUCAGAGAACACUGUCUAUCAUGUUUAUAAUGUCCCUGGAAGCGUGCUAAACAGACUGGUUUUCUUUUAGUCUCAACUCUCAUUGUAGUUAGGCUACAUUUUCAAAAGACUUCAUUAACUUUGUCUACCAAACUCAUCCUGAUGAGUAGGAGUUAUAAUCUUGUCAUCAAAUUUCAAAAUCUUCAAAAUUAAUUUUUAAAUUUACUCUGACAAAGUCCAGGUCUGAAAAGUAACUUUUCUUUAUGUGUGAUAUUGCAAGCUUCUGUUGUUACAAAUGAUAUUUUUAAUACAAUCACUGCUAAGAAAUGUUUGUCUGAUUGUGUUUUGAGUCUUUGAGUUUUUAUAAUAAGGACAAAUCAAAUAGUGAAUGGUAAACAUUUAUUCUGGUUCAAUGUGAACAACAAAUUAGUCUAAACACAGAAAGGUGAAAGCGAAAUAAAUGAAAUGGGGAUAUCACAUGCGUAUUAUGUGUCCAGCAGGGGUCAGUAUACGAUCAGUUUUAUGAGUCUCUGUUGGACUCGUGUAUCUUAAUGCAGUGAGCCUUUAGGAUGCACUUUAUCAAGUGUUUUUAAUGACAGGCAUCAAUUUAAGAUCAUGUCUUGGUGUUGGGUUCAUGUUUUUUUUCUUUUCUUUUUUACUCUCAUUGAUUUAUUGAAUGUAAUUUCUUGCAGACAUGACAAAGUUUUACUCAGCAUGCAGCAUCACAAAGUCCAAGCCAUUUUGACUUUCUGAAUAAACUAUGUUACUUUUAUAAAA